CCAAGGACUUGGGCCAUCUUCUUCUGCUUUCCCAGGCCAUAGCAGAGAGCUGGAUGGGAAGAGGAGCAGCCAGGACUCUAACCGGCUUAUGGUGCCUUCUUAUAAGAGAACUAAUUCCAUCAUUAAGAGCUGACUAUCACCACCUCACCUACACCUGAUCACAUUAAAAAGGUCCUGCUACCUAAUACCAUCAUAUUGAGGAAGAGGGCUCUAACAUGUGAAUUUUGGAGGGACACAAAUAUUCAGUCCAUAAUAUUUUUCAUCUAACUCUGUGUGUCUCUUUUUCCUUUCACAAUUACAUUAGUAGAACAGUGCUUGGAGAACCUGGUUAUCAUUCAGUAUUUUCUCAAAAAGUUGUAAUCACAUUUCCAUGUUCCUGACUGUAAAAUGAUAUCCUCAGGUUAAGCCAGUGCUUGGAAACCUCGCAUCCCAUACUAGAGUGCCCGGGAUUGAGUUCCACCUCUGCUUCCCGCACAGGUACCUGGGAAGGCAGCAGAUGGUAGUCCAAGUUGAUUUCCUGUCUCUCGAGUCAGAGAGCCUGAUGGAGUUCUGGGCUCUUGCCUUCCCUGUUGCUCGGCCAUAGCUAUUAUGGGCAUUUGAGGAGUGAACCAAUAGAUGGAAGGUCUCUUUCUCUUUUGCUCUCUCUCACUGUCUUUCUCUCUCCCUCUCUGUCACUCUUUCAAAUAAAUAAAUAUUAAAAGAAUAUGUACAGGUUUUCUGUCUUUUGUAGGUUACGACCAAUCCAGAACAUUUUGAAAAUGGUAGUAGUUAGAUAUAGUUAAAAGAUCAUGCUUUAGGUGCACUGGCCAUUUAUCAGUGAUAUGAACAUUGAUAACUUGCUAAACCUCUUUAAGAUUGCUUCCUCAUCUGCAAAGUGUGGGUGAUAAAACCUGUUUCAUCAAGUUUGUCACAAGCAGUGAAUGAAAUGCCUACGGAAAUCACUGGCUCAUGCUCUAUUCUCAGAAGGAGGCUGUUUCUUUCUCUUACAGUUGUGGACCAAAGAACACUGUGAGAAAAUUGAAGAGUAGCUCUGUGACAUCAAGUUUCGAAAAUUAUUGCAUCAAUGAAAUAUAUAUGUGUUGAAUUUGCAGUAUGUUUUUUUGCAAUAACUUUCAUAAGUUUGUAAAACUAGAAUUUAACCUUUCUAGGUUAAGCAAAUUCCCUGUUAGAUUAAAUGAUUAAAGUCAGUGGUUUCAUGGUAUCCACGAGGGAAGGCCUUUAAUUUGUCGUUUUGGGAAAUUGCAUAGAGUCAUGUGUCCUCUCACAGCGGAGAUACAUUCUGAGAAAUGCAUCGCUAGAGGAUUUUGUGUUGUGCAAACACCAUACAGUGUACUUUCCAAACUGAGAUGGCUUGGUGUCACUAGGGGAUAUAAUUUGAUGGGAUAGCCAUUAUAUUUGUGCCCUGUCAUUGAUAGAAUUACAUGAUACUAGAAACAUGAAAUUUAUUGUAUUUGUUUCAAGGACACAUAACUGAGAGCUUUGCCUGUUUAUGUAUUGUAUUCUUUCUUGAGAGGAGAUAUUUAUAGCUGUAUAUUAACUACUUAAGCAGUCUAAGCAGAUUUUUGGCUACAAUUAAAAACUGGAAAUGUUUCAGAAUAGUUUUAGGGUCAAGGGUAAGGUAGAAAUCAAUGGAAAUGUGCUUUCAGGUUGCAUCAGUUUGGUUUCCUGAAGAGUUUGACGUGGACUACAAGGCUAUUUCUUCAACUGUUAGUAGUAAUGGGAUUUAUUUUCUAUCUGAAUUUGGGCCGUUGGCUUAAGCAAAGACAUCAGGUCUUCUGCUGUUAGAAUAGAUCUCUGGAACAAAAAUAGAUUCUACUUUGUAGGUUUUGUUUGUAGCAAAAUGUUGAGUCAGUUACCUGAAGACAAUCCUCAAGUAUAGUGGGAUAUCACACUUGAAAUACAUGGAGAGAUCUAGGUAAAGGACAUAGGUACUGAACUCAGCAAAGUCUAAUGGUGCAAUGUUAUAUUCAUGUUUAUGGAGCCUGUAGGUAAUAUGAACUUUAGUUCAUGCUGCCUGUUAGAUAUUACUGUAUACUUGUUCCACUGAUUCAUUUAAAAUACACAUGAGUUUUACAUGUUUAAAGCUCUGUUCUAUAUAGAGGUGGUUAGGAGAGUGAAUAUGUGGUCAGUGUCCAUCAAGAACUUAAACUAGUGUGUGUAUGAGGGGUGUUCAAACUGUUAAUGGAAAAUUCAUAUUAUAAAUUUCAAACCUUUUGCUCCCAGAUUAACUUGUGUUUAAUUCCAUUCUUCCAUGCGUUUUCUAAAGCAACUCCAUAUUUGUGUGCAUGUUUGCUUGUAGGAGGAGGGUCAGAUAGGAAGAAUUAAACAAGUGAAUAAAUUUCCAUAAUGCAAGACAAUACUAUUAAGACCCUCAGGAACAGAGAAGGAGGGGGGAGAGAGAAAGAAAUCUGAGACUUUGGUCCUCCUGUGAAGGGCAAGUUCACACUUUUAUAUCAGUUGGAAGGCAGCUUUGCAUCUGGGCUUAGAGGUAGAUAGGAGGAGUGACUGACACAGAAGGAAGACUGAGCACAAAGGCUAGGAAAGAAAGGGUUGAGUAAUUUCACUUUAUCAUAGUUUAAGCGGAUUAUAAACAGAUUAAAACCUAAAUGCUAGGCCAUUGCCUUGGCUCACUUGGCUAAUCCUCCGCCUGCAGCGCCGGCACCCCAGGGUUCUAGUCCGGGUUGGGGCACCAGGUACUAGUCCCGGUUGCUCCUCUUCCAGUUCAGCUCUCUGCUGUGGCCCAGGAGGGCAGUGGAGGAUGGCCCAAGUGCUUGGGUUCCUGUCACCCACAUGGGAGACCGGGAGGAAGUACCCAGCUGCUGGCUUCAGAUCUUCGCAGGGCUGGCUGUAGCAGCCAUUAGGGAUGUGAACCAACGGAAGGAAGACCUUUCUCUCUGUCUCUCUCAUUGUCUAUAACUCUCUCUCUCUGUCUCUCUCUCUCACUGUCUAACUCUGCCUGGCCAAAAAUAAAAAAAAUUAAAAUUAAAAAUUUUAAAAAACCUAAAUGCUAGAAUUAUGUGAUUUCACAUUGAAGUACAUUUCACAUAGUAUGAUUUUUAAAUUGAUAAAGUUGCAGAAAGGAAGAGAAUCCAAAGUUUGCAACACUGUUUUUCUUUAGAUUCUUUAAAACUCCCUGAGUUUCUUAACAUCAGUACUGUUGGUAUCUUGGACUGGCUAAUCCCUUUUGUGGGAGAUGGUUAGCACCAUUCCUGGCCUCUGCUCAACUGGGCCUAGGGUUAGGCAAGGAACCAGCAAGGGCACAAUAUUUAAGGAGGCACUCAUUGUAAAUUUUAAUUCUGCCCUUCUACAACCCUGCAAGUGAGUGCCUCCUUAAAUACUGAGCUCCUUGCACCUUCCUUGCCUCUGCCCAGUACUGGCACUGGCUCUCUCCUCCCAGUUGUGACUGCCACGUGUGUCUCCCAACACUGCUGACUGCUGGGGGACAAAAUCACCCCUGAUUGAGAUGCGCUGUAGUCUUUCUGAAGUGACUCAGCGUGUUUCUUGUUUUGUUUUGUUUUGUAGAAUGCCAAGAGGAGCAGCCAGCAGUGUGACCUUUUUUGUACUCAGUGAUAACUAAACACAGGUGUACUUUGGGUGGUGAGUGAGUGGCUGAGACACUUGGGAAGUGAAGGUCUGAAGAGAGAGCUGUGGAAAGAAAGCACUGAGUCACUUUUAAGGGACAAUGCUUUCCUUUGAAGCCUUAGACCAGGGGAUCUUGGAAACCAAAGGACUUUAGGAUUCUUUGUGCCAAGAGAGCUUCCUUGUAAUCUGAAGUGUGCUCUACCUCUUUUCCUUUGUAUUGCCUUCACGUAUCACUCACAAGCUAUAGUGAUUAAGAUAAAGUUUCCACCUUUAAUCCAAAGAAAUCUGUUCAAGGGGGCAUCUGUCAACAGGUGAUUUAAGGUUCAAUUAGAAGAGCAGAAAUGCCACCAAUGCCAAGUGAGCCACCCCAGCACCCACCUCCUGAUGGAGGAUGGGGCUGGGUUGUGGUCGGAGCAGCUUUUAUCUCCAUUGGAUUUUCGUAUGCAUUCCCCAAAGCCGUCACAGUAUUCUUCAAAGAAAUUCAGGAAAUAUUCCACACAUCCUACAGUGAAAUAGCAUGGAUAUCAUCCAUUAUGCUGGCUGUUAUGUACGCGGGAGGUCCCAUAAGCAGUGUUUUGGUGAAUAAAUAUGGCAGCCGGCCGGUGGUGAUGGCAGGAGGUUUACUAUGUUGUUUGGGAAUGGUCUUGGCCUCCUUCUGUACCAGUGUAAUACAGCUUUACCUCACUAUGGGAUUCAUUGGAGGUUUAGGUUUAGCCUUCAACCUGCAACCAGCCUUAACGAUAAUUGGCAAAUACUUCUAUAAGAAACGACCCAUGGCCAACGGAUUGGCUAUGGCAGGAAGCCCUGUUUUCUUAAGUACAUUGGCUCCUUUCAAUCAGUACCUUUUUAACACUUACGGUUGGAAGGGAAGCUUCUUGAUUUUGGGAGGUAUACUUUUGAAUGCCUGUGUGGCUGGGUCACUCAUGAGACCCCUCAGACCAAAACAGACUACUUCUAAUUCCACGAAUAAGAUUGGCAUAAGAACAGAAGAUUCAAAUCUGCAGAAAAUCCAGAAGAAAACAAUGUCAGAAAAAAUUAAUAAGUAUUUAGACUUUUCCCUUUUUAAGCACAGAGGAUUUCUUAUAUACCUCUCGGGAAACGUCAUCAUGUUUCUGGGCUUUUUUGCUCCCAUCAUAUUCUUGGCUCCUUAUGCUAAAGAUCAGGGGAUUGACGAGUAUUCUGCAGCUUUCUUGCUGUCUAUUAUGGCUUUUGUUGAUAUGUUUGCUAGGCCUUCUGGAGGGCUAAUUGCAAACUCCAAACUCAUUCGACCCCGAAUCCAGUACUUCUUCAGUUUUUCAAUCAUGUUCACCGGAAUAUGUCAUCUCCUGUGCCCUCUGGCAACAGACUACACAAGCCUGGUGGUGUAUGCUAUAUUUUUUGGCCUUGGAUUUGGGAGUGUUAGCAGUGUUCUCUUUGAAACGCUUAUGGACCUGGUUGGUGCUCCAAGGUUUUCCAGUGCUGUGGGACUUGUCACAAUUGUGGAGUGUGGGCCAGUUCUUCUUGGCCCUCCUAUUGCUGGUAAAUUGGUGGACAUAACUAAAGAAUAUAAAUACAUGUACAUAGCCUGUGGGGCUGUUGUGGUAACAGCAAGCAUUUGGCUGCUGAUUGGCAAUGCUAUAAACUAUAGAUUGCUUGAACGGGAAAAGAAGAUGGAAGAAGCACAGAAGAAGAAAAUGCAGGCGCUUGACUCCAAGGAAUGUGAACCCUUGCACAAACCCACACAUGAUGAUGAAGUUACUGUCAAGGUUCCACAAACACAGGAUGUUCCUCCAUCGGAAAGAGAAACCAAUAUUUAACAAGAGUCACGUCUCCAGUUCAGUGUUUAUGACUUUGCUUAGGAAUGGGUUUUUGUGUUUUCAAAUAUUGGAAAGGUUUUUAGCUGAAAUGAGGAGUCACAGUGAAGGGUGAAGAUGAGACUGCGGCAAGUUUGAAAUUAGUUUUAAAAACUUAUGUGGGUAGUUAAACGUUGAGAAUAUGCAUACAAAGAAACUACGUGACAGAUUUAUUUCCAAAUACGACUCUGGGUGUGGUGGUUAUGAUACUAAUUUCAAAGUCUUCCAGGUGACUUCCAGUCUUGGUUACUUAGAAAGAUCUGCAUCCUGAACCCCUGUGUAAGUAGUUAGGAAGAUGUUUAACCCCAUAAAUGAGCCUCUUCUUAUUUCAUUUUUUAUUGAACAUUAAGGUAUAAAAUAGAAUUGAAGGGACAAGAAUUCUCUCCUGCACACACACACACACACACAUUCAUAUCCAAAUGUACAGAGUACCUGGAGAACAAGAUAAAUAAAUUUAAAAAGAAUAUUAUCAUAGUUAUUAUUUUUUAGUAAAAAACAAUCCAUGGUGACAAAAGAAAUGUAUAUCUGCAUGCUACUUUACAGUGUGGAUUUUAAACAUAAGCACAUGAGUCAAAAUGAGAGUGACUAUAAUUUUAAAAUACAACAGACUGCUGUAACAAAGCAUUUGCAUAAACAAAAUAAGUUUGAUAAAGAAAAGAGAAAUCUCAGUUUUAAAUCAUUGUUACUCCUGGGUAUCUUUAGACUUGAUUAAUCCAUGCACAUGACUUCCUUGUGGGUGGUGGUGGAUCAUCAGCACCUGAUGUUAUAGAGCCCUCAAAUAAUUUUUAGAAUUCUUAUCUAAUGUGAGAAUCAAAUUAAACAUUCAAAUGACACCUAGCAAUGAGUUAUGUCCAGUGAUUUUAAAAGUACUUUAAUAAUUCUUGAUCCAGAAAGUAAUAACCAGGGAUUUAUUUUAACCAGGCCUCAAUCUAGAUUCAAUGUCAUACUGAAAUAUCAAAGUCGAGUAUUCUGGAGACAUAGUUAACAGGUUUAUAAAUAGACCAAAUGCUCAUUUUCCCUAUCACAUAGCAGUGUCAGAGGUUCCGCUUUGAAGAAUUCAACUGCCUAAAUGUGGGAGGUGGCUUUAAUGAGCCUUCUAAGCUUUUACUCCGUCACUGAAAACGCCUGGUAUGAUAGGAAUGGCAGCAUUUGAAAAUUCUGCCCUCUCCUGGUGAGGUUUCCUGCUGCCUGUAAACAUAACUGAACUAGGAAUCUGUUCAGAAUGGCUUCUAGAAGUACAGACUGUGUGUGACUUACAGUUGUAAGUUUACUUUUAUCGUAAUAGCCAGAAGCUUGAAAUAUUGCACGCCAGAUUGCUUUAGCAGUUUCUCAUUUUUAUAUCUAUAUGAAAACAUCUGGGAAUCUGAAUCACACUUGUAUACAGGGGCAUAUGAUAGUUCUGUGCUUUCAAACCUAUCAAUAUCAUUUUGAGUGAGAAAGUACUUUCAAACAAGAAAGAUAUUGUGCAUUAUGGCUAAAAGUACAAAUAUGUAUAUCUAUAAAUCUAAGAUUUAAAUUAAUAUGAUUGAUAAAAAAGCAUUUAGUGCUUAAUUAUUGCAGUGAUGUCACUCUUAAGAUGUCAAAGGGAAUUUGCUGUUCCUUUUUUAUUAUUAUUAUUAUAGUAGAAGCAGGUGCUAUUUGUAACUCCUGUGAGAUUGCACCUGGAUACCAAGCUUUCGUAGUAGUUAACAUUAAGGAUUUGAGUCACGAAAUUUAUGCACUGAUUAAGCAUGCAGCUGAUAUUUAGGAAGCUAUAUAAAAUUCCAUUUUUCAUUUAAUAUUGCUUUAUGCAUAUGAAGAAGUAUUUGUAUUUUUCAAUUAUUAAAUAAAAGAAGAUGUGCCAACAUCAUACAUACAUAAAUCAGGAAAAUGUGGCAGGAUAUGGCUGUUUUUAAUUUAGUCUCACCCAUCCUUGAUUCUUGAAUUAGCUGUCUUUUGUUGCUAGUGUUUUCAUAUUCAACUCUGAUUCGUCAUAAGAAAUACAACAGCAUAAAUUGUCUAAUACUUCUCCAGUUUAAACAUUUCCAGAACAUGUUUUUAAUUCUCUUCAAAUAUACUUUUAAAUUAAUAUAAAUAUCAGACCCCAGGGGAAAAUAAAUAGAAGAGUAAUGAUCACAGGGUUUUAAGUCUAAGGAAAUCUAAGAUUUCCGUUUUAUCACCUGUCAGUGAAGACCUGCUGUUGGAUGCAUUCCAGGGGACUUCUCCGUGGAGAUUUACUUACUUCCUGAUAAGACAGGUCAAAACCAAUUCACAUUUGCUUUGCUGCUCUUUGGUUAUAUUCAUUAAUUCUUCAUUUCUAAGACAAUGUAUUAAGUUAUUAGAGAAGAAAGAGAAGUAAAUUUGCACAUUCAAAGCACAUGUGUGUGAAGUGCAUAGUCACUUCUGGCAGUAGUACUGUACUGUACAGUUAUAAAUGUGUUAACUCCCAUACAUUGAUGUUGAAAAGUAAACCACUACACACUUGAAAUCAGUGCUAUUUACAGUAUUCAGAAUUGUUCAGGAGUCAUGUAAAUGAGUCUGCUUGUUUCUUUGCUCCAGCCUAUGAACCUGAUAGAUAUGUUGACUUAACAAAGUCUUUCAAAGAUUGAGAAAAGAAUAUCAGCACAGAAGUUUCAUUAGUACAUAAUAAUAUAAGUGGAGUUUGAAAUAUAGGUUGCUUUUGUGUCUACAACAAUUAGUACUGAAUGUAUUUUCCUCUAGAAAACAAAAGGUUUUGGAUGUUAAAGACAGCAUGAAGCAUUGUCAGAGUACGCCACUAAAAUCCUUGCUAAGCCAUAAUUCUCCAUCCUGAAAUUGUGCAGAAGGAGAGUUGUCAUGAACUGGUUCCCAAAUUAUCACUAGCUAGUUUCAGUAUUUUCCCAUUUGCAUUACCUGAGCAUCUUAUAUUUUUCACUAUUGGGCCUUAAUUAUGCCUCAUUAACAGGAAUUGAACAAUGACUAGGGACUUGUCCUGACCCACCCCCUCCCUCUUCCCUGACCCUUUUUGUUUCCAAACAACACACUUUAAGGGAUAAUGGGUCAGGUUCUAGUGUAUUUCACAUUGAACGAUGUUUUCUCAGCAUAAGUUCACAUGAUUUUUACGUUUCACUUCUUAAUUUUCUUUCAAAACACUUUAGAAAAAAAUUUCUCUUUUAUGUAGAAUAUUACAAAUGUUUAAGAAAACAAUAAAAAUCAGUUUAAUAGGGCAAAAGGAUGCAAGUGCGAAGGGAACUAAUAUGUACAUGCCAUGCAUUUUGCUUACAUAAUGCCUUUUAAUACUCAAACCAAAGCCAUGGUAGAAGUUAUUAACUUGAUAUGAGAGAUGAAUGAAUGCAAAAACACACGUUCAAAGAAGCUAAGAAAAUUGUUCAAAGCUAAAAGAUAGUAUAGGACAGAACCGAAUGGAAGCUCAGGUUUAUCUAAAAGCAGAAAGAGCCCCUAAAAGCUCUUUCUAAAAGCAGAAAGAGCACCAUCACACUGCCUCCUAAUAGAAGCAAAAGUAGGUAAAAUAUAGGCACAGAAAUGUAAAGCUAUGGAUAAGACAAUUAGGUAUAAUUGUGGUUUUUGUUAUGAUUUAUUAAGUUUUUAUAAGAGACUGCACUUGCUAUAGCCUGAAUAUGUAAUAUCCAAUUGACUUGUUUUCCAGCCAAUGCAAAUUAUUUCAGAUAUUGAUUGUGAUUAUACAAUAGCCAUGAUUAUUUUAUUGUGAUUUUUCCUCAAAAAAUCAGUGAUACAUGUAUAUGACUCAAUCAUAACAUAUUUUACCUGAAGUUGAAUUUAGAAGGUAAAUUUUGCUUUUGUGAAUAAGUAAUUCCCAUAUUGGUUGUUGUUAUAACUCAAAAAAUAAAAAAACUUAGUACAGAAUAUUUGAUUUAUAAUUUUCAUAAAUAUAUUUUUAGGAUUAUCCUAAGUUAUCUAAGAAAAUGUUAUGAAGUAUAAAUGAUUUGGUCCAUCUAGAUAGUACCUACGUUUUUCAUUAGUUAAUACAACUUCCCCUACACUAACUUGCUUACAGCUUCCUCUGAACAUCUGUAGUAUCAUUUUCCUCUUGCCCAUGUGUUUUAGUGAGAGAACAGGUGUCUGUUUUUGUCGUCUCCCUCUGGAGUUGUGAAGUUCUUAGAAUGUGAUUCUCCUUCCUUACCUAUUUUCGGAUGGUGCACAUCCAAUGCACUGCAUUUUUCACAAAGUCAUCCAUGAUCUAUCUGGUCUUAUUCGCGAUUUGCCCUAAUGGCCUUAUUCCUGAAGCCAUGGCCAGGGCCACUCAUCUUCACAAAUACGAGCACCCAGGUGACAACAGAUUUGAAAUUUCCUGGUUAAGUGAGGUCCUUAUAUUAUAGAAGAUUCUUUUUUGUUAAUGUGAGUUUCCUUGUGCAAGACAUGCAUAAAAUUGAAUAUAAUUUUAAGGAAUCUAGAAAACCUGAUCUUCCUGUUCUUAGCACUUAUUGUCCUGGAAAUUUCUAAUUUUAUUCAGGUGCCUGACAAUUUUGAGAAUUGAAGUUUACUUCAGUUCACAGCACUGUACCACUGCAUUUCAUCCUGUAGGUUCUGACAGUGCAAUGACGUCACUGAUACGUCCUUCCAAGUAGAUUCUUUCCCACAACAUUCACAAUAGCAAGCAGCAUCAAAGUUACUGAAAUUGAAGAUCAGAAUUGCAUUCUUGACUCUGCUCAUCUCGUUUUUCUUAAUAUUUUGAUCUCUGUAUAUCUGUCUGUAUUAUCUGAUAUUUGAGAUCCGUGUAAAACUAAGAGGCUCAGUUAGGGAUCUUUCUGGUACAAUUAGAAAUUAAUAAUUUGCUGAACUCACAUUUUUAUGGUUCUAGUUUCUUUGCUAUCAGUUGUAUACUAUAGACCUUAGCUCUUACAAGGUUGUAUGAUGUGGUUCAUUUUAAUAUUUAUUUCAUUCUAUUUGAAAGGCACAGAGAGAAAGAGACAGAGGCAGACAGAGGGAGGUAUUCCAUCUGCUGAUUUGCUUCCCAAAUGCCUGCAACACCUGGGCCUGGGAAACCAGGUCUCCCACGUGGGUGGCAGGGACCCAGGUACUUGAGCUGCUUCCCAGGGUAUGUAUUUUCCAGAAGUUGGAGCUGGAAGUAAAGCUGGGACUCAAACCAAGGCCCUCCAACAUGGGACCCAGGUAUCCCAGGAAAUGCCUUAGCCCCUGUGCCAAGUAUUCACCCUUGGUUUAUUUUAGUUCUCUCUCUCCUACUGCUGCUGCUUUAUCAUUUCUGUGCAGAUCAUAAAAGAAUUGCUAUAUUAUUGAAAACCAUAAUUUUAAAUGUUUUCAACAGUAAAAUUAAUAUUGCAAAAAAUAAUUUUCAGGAUCGCCUUUCUUCUAUAAUCAUUUUGAAAAAUUAUUCUUCCUUUGUCUUUUAUGAUACCUAGGUAAAAUUCCUUUUGGCACUUUUUCUUCUAAUUAUGGACAUUUUUGCUUGUUUGGCGGGGUUAGGUACAUUUCCACUAUUUGUGCGUUCGCCAUGUUCUUUCAGUAUUCACAUAUCCUUGUUAGAAAGGUGAGUGGUACUUAAAUAUUUUUCAGUGAUCAUAAAUUCAUGAGCAUUUCAUCAAAUACCUCUUGUUCACAUGAUAAAGCAGACUUCUUUUGUUUCUUUGUUUUUAAUUCAAAUGUGGCAAAGUAAACUAGAGAAGCUAUAUGUGGCACUGUUGUUAUUGAACUUUCAGUAAGGCAUAAAAAGUGGGCAAAAAUUCUUUUGGGAAAAACAAAAGCUUCCAUUUUUUAUCUCAUGAAUUACAGGGAGGAAUUUUAAAAUGUACUUUUUUGACUAAAACUUUGAUUCUAUUUUUUUUACUUAUGCAUCAUAAAAGUUUUUAGUUAGAUUUGUUUUUGUACUUAUUCAUUAGGGUACAAAUUUCUGACAUACCAUUUAAUAAACUUUAUUUUUCUAUCAUCUUCUUUGUAUUUCUAACUAAAGUAUAAGGAUGUCUGGUUUAUUAAGACAGGACAUAUGAGUUGAAAUGUUUUAUUUGUCGGGCAUUAAAUAAUAGCAUUUUGUUUUAUAUUUUGUUUUUGAUAUAUUUAUCUAUAAAAAGAUACAUUUAGUUAAUUCAUUUCAUUUUCAAAAGCAUCAGUUUAUUUUGUUAGCUAUCCCCAUUUUUAUAGUAUAAAACAAGAUCACAUUCAGAAUUUUGUGUUAAUAGAUAUCAGUCCUCUGAGUAAAUACAGAGUCGGAGAUAGAACUAGGCCUUUUCUCUCCUAUCAAACUUUUUGCUCUAUUGAACAUAUUUGAAUUUUCCUAUUGGUAAUGGUGACUUACAGAGUGAAUUAAAUUUUUUCCCAAAAAUAUAUAUUCCAAACCUAUGGUUAGAAAAUUCUCUACAUCACAAAUGAAUGUAUGUCCCCAAUAAUACUCUGCAACAUUAUGUUUGCAAACUGAAUUUGAAGAAUAUUUGCUGAUUACCACAGCAGGCAAUUUUGGUGAAUCAAAAAUAAUGGGAUGAAUGAUUUUUCACCAUAUAUGCUAUCAAAGCAAUAGCAAAUUAAUUGAAAACACACCAGUAUUGUGUUCUUAGUAAUCAUGUGUCAGUAUUCCAUUAAUUUCCUAUUUUAUUUAUGUUCAUGUUUUAGAAUAAACAUUCAUUUUUUGUUCCCUAAAGUAAAAUGCCAGAUUAUAAAAUACAUACUGUUAAAUUUUUUUAAUUACUUAAUUUCAUGCAAGAAAUACUUGCCAUAAUGUGAUUUGAUGUGUUUCUUGAUGUAAAAAACUAAAGAUAGGUUAAUUAAUAAUAUGUAUCUAUUUCAGACAGUUUUAUUUUUCAGUAGUUACUUCCCCUAACUAAACAAUACCAAAAUCCACAGGAUAUUUCUGGCAACAUGUAAGAAGAACUCCUUUGAUACUAAAAAAACCAUCUAUCUCCACCCACAUCUUAUCUAAACUGAUAGUCUUUCUAAAUUUUCCUCUUUUCAUUCUCUUCCAGAAACAAACAAAAAUUUCUCCUGAAUAACAGAUUCUGGUGAAAGGCAGAUAUUAGUAGCUCAGUAGAUAUUAGGGACUCACCAUGUAGAAGUAUGCAAACACUAAUCUGUACUCAAUACUUGUUUGUUCAUUCAUCAAGGAUAUUUAGCAUAAGAAUACAUCUUAAUAGAAGUUUUGAUGAACUCAUUUGUCAAACUGUAAAAUCUUUUAUGAUUAGGGAGGGCCAUAAUUACAUCUGCAAUUUGUGAUAUAUUUAGUUAGUUUCCGUCAAACUGACAUCUGUAUGUACCAAGUUCUCAUUGUCAUUCUGACAGGUGACAGGCCUUAACAACUACAGUCAGUGUACCAACUAAAUAUGUCCCUUUGUUUGAAAUGAUGACAAAAGUGAGAUCAUACAUUAAUCAGAUACGAAUCAGGUUUAGCAAUUCCUCUGUUGAAAAUGAAAGAGAAGGAUUUUUCCCAAAUAUUUACUAAAAUUGACAUACUAUUGAAGCUUUUUAUGUAAAAACCUCCUUCCCCCAGAUACUUUAAACCAGUGUGUUAAAUAUUUCCUAGAAUGAACAAUUACCCAUUUUGAGGAUUUUUUGGAAAUAUUUUAUUUAUGACUUACAAUCUUUGAAACAAUAUCUUUCUUAUCCCAGCAUCAAAUUGGAGCAUAAAAAUAAGCUUGCAAUAUAUAAAUAUUAUGUGUAAUAAUGUUACUAGUAAAGUGUAUGUUAGGACAUUGGCAGUAGCCAUAUCUAGUUAAUAUUUGGCAAGAAUUUUUUAUUGAAUAGAAUUUAGGACUUAAUCUGUAUGAUUAUAUUUUAAAUGUAAGUUACUUUUAUGCUAUAUUUUCUGAUUUUUAAUUAAGUAAAGUCAAAAUGGUAGUUUGUUUGUUCUAUAGCUGUCUUAGUGAUCAUUGAGCAAAUAGUCAUAACAUCACAUGCUAUAUGCUAUAUCAAUGACCCUUACUCUGCUAAUGAAAUAAACAGAAGGGUAGGUUUGCUUGACAUCUAAGAUAAUUCAAUCCAAAUAACCUAAAUCACAGCUGCACUAUUUCAUUUGUUAAAAAAAAUUAAUAAAAUGUAAAGGAUUCAUUUAAAUAAAUGCCUGUCAAGAUUUUUAAAUAUAAGAAAGAACUAUAUUCUUUUUGCCUUCUGACAAAUGGAUGUAUUUAAAGUGACUGUGAUUUGAUUUUGGUAUACUUAUUUAUUUCUGGAGUGUUUUGUAUAUAUAGCAGUACUCACCUUGAGAAAUAAGACAUGUAUAAAAAAAUUAACCAAAAAAUUUAAGAACUGGCAUUUUCAUAUAAGUAUUUUGUUUUAAUGAAAUAAAAUGUAGAAUUAUUUAAAUCAGGAAUAGUUAAUAUUGUUGAUGAUUUUUAAUUUAUAGUCAGUUAAUUUUGUUUCUACUUCAUUUUUAAGCAAAUUUGUUUGAGUACUGAAUAAUUUACUACUUUUAGUUAUACUACAGUGUUAUAUAGACAUAAUAUUGUAGAAAAACCUCUAUUGUAGUUUCUAAGUUUCACUACAAAAAUUUCAAACCAAAUGUUGUAUUCUUGUGUGGGAAAACAAAUUUUGCCUGUAAUUUUCGUUUGCAAAUUCAUCUCUUUGUUACUAGACUGUGAGCUCCUUGUGGACAAGGAUGUUAUCUUAGUCAUAAGUACAACUCCGAUGCCUAGUGAAGUGCCAGAUACAGAAUAAUCCCUUUAUUGAAAUGAAUUGAUGGAUCUGGAUUAUUAAAAGACUACUGCAGUAUUCUGUGAUGUACACUGAGUGUAUAUUAGAAUAAUUCUUUGGCUAAUUGCAACAGUAAGAUAUAGAAAACACCUGUAGCAUUUUUGUUGUCUAAAAUUAAUAUUCUGUUUUUGAAGAAUUCGUUUUUAUUUUGUCAAACAUUCUAUGCAAAUACUGAAAUAUGCAGCCACUAAAUUUUUGGUACAUAUGAAUUAGUUUUACUUUCUUUACAAAAUCAGAAAUGCUCUAUUUAGGCUUCCUGGAAAUGUUGACAAUCAUUUUAAUGACCAAAGGUGCUACUUAUUUUCCAGCCUUGACCUUGAUCAUAAGUGCUUCUGUACGCUGAGCUUUAUUCUUUUUUUUUUUUUUUUGGGUGGUGGUGUGAGAGGGAGAUAAAUGCAAUAAAAUCAGAGUAUUUUUUGUGUAAAUUAUGCAAUUUAGCACUGUCAGUGUUCCUUUGUACUCUAUUGUUACUGUAUUUUAAUUAUUUCUUACUGCUCACUAAUUUUUAUUGCAAGCCUGUGCUGUUUUCUUAGAAAGUAUAUGCAUAUAUAUUUCUAUACUAUGUUUUAAAAAACAUGUUGCUUAUUAAAUUAAAAUGACAAAUAAAUAUUCAUGUUAAAUUUUUGAAAUG